GCGAAUCAGCCAAACAUGGCCAUGACUAUGCUUGCUCAAGCCGUGCAACAUGCUCAAUCUUCAGGUUUGACCGGGCAGAAUAAUAAUCCCCUUGCUCAGCUUGCUGCUGCAGCAGCGAUGAACCCUGCAUUGAUGAGCAAUCCACAGUUGUUACGACAAAUCCAGCAGAUGCAAAGUCGCGGCUUGAUCGAGUCACUUCGAGGGAAGAAAUAA